UGACUGAUAAUGCGGAAGCAUGGCUCUGUCCACAAACAAGUGGUCUUGAACUGAAUGGUGCAACGAUGUUGCUUUAUUGUGCGGUUUUCUUAUUUUCCCUGAAUGUCAAAGAUUAUGUGCUGUGUGUUCAAAGCAAGCCAGAACUCUCCGUCUGCGCAGAACCUGAGACAAUCGUUCCACUGGCGGCAGAGAGCUCGAGCUGUGGCUGCCACAACCUGAAGAGAGAUGCAGUUGUGGAUAUCGAGAAGGAAAGUUCCAUAAUAACAGAAAACCCUGCUGUCAAAUACUCGAAAAAGUCAAAUGAGAAGCAUACAGACACUCAGACGAAUGGGGAAGAAUCAGAUACUCGUAGUCAGGUAUUCUAUCAAGCGUUCACACCGUUAUAGAGUUAAAUAGUAAAGUAUUUUUGUAGGCACUAACUCCAUCAUGGUUUGUUGGACAAACCUAUGAGGAAAUGAAUGGCGUUUUUGUAGGGUUUUUGGAUAAACGCCGAAAAUAAGGUCUGUAGUAAACACAGGCUUAGGAGAUCUUACACGUUUUGUUCUAUAAGAAUCUUCAACAGCUAACGUCACUUUGUGAAUUUUGAAACAUUUAUGUAAUAAACAAAAGCACAUAAAAGCUUCAUAAUUCAUAAAGGUCAUGUUAACUGACUGAUAUUAUCUCAUAGAACAAAAAGUAUAAGAUCUCUUAAGCCUGUGUUAACCUUUUUUUUUUUUUUUAGCUUAUCCCAAAACCCUAUUCUCCUCCAUUCAUUUCCCCCAUAUGGAUGGCUAAAUAUCGUCACUAGUUACCAUAGCCACAAAGUCAUAAACCCCGCCUAUUUCUACUAUUUAAAUUGUUAAAAUGUGAUCUUAACCCUAACCUUAACCACACUGCUAACCUUAUGCCUAACCUUAAAUGAAAAUGUUAGUUUUCAUACAUUUUUACGAUAUAGCCAAUUUUGACUUUGUGGUUGUGGUAACUUGUGGAAACCAUGGCUGAACGAUCCAAAGAUAACUAAUUUCCAGGUUUUAGGACUUCAAACUGGCCACUCUAUUGUUGUUGUGCACAAGCCAACUUCUCACGAGACGAGAUUUGGGAAGAUGACCUCGCGAUACUACCAUUUGAUAGGCCCUAUGUGUCUUAUUGUCUGUUGAUGGUUCUAAGUCAGGGAUGGGCAACUGGUGGCCCCCAAUUGUUUUAUAUAUAUUUUUGGAACUCAGUCUGGGUCUCAACAUACUUUUGCGAGUUAGAAUACUAGAAUACAAAAGGUGCAAUUUCGAAAUUUGGUUGUGCAUCAGCAGUUUUUCUCUUGUUAUGUCAGUGACUGUAGUGGUCCUCUGUAGCUCAAUGUGGUCCUCUGUUGCUCAAUUGGAAGAGCAUGGCGCUUGUAACGCCAGGGUAGUGGGUUCGAUCCCCGGGACCACCCAUACGUAAAAAUUUAUGCACACAUGACUGUAAGUCGCUUUGGAUAAAAGCGUCUGCUAAAUGGCAUAUUAUAUGUACUCUGACGCAGUGAUCUAAGGCACUGCAUCGCAGUGCUAACUGUGCCACUAGAGAUCCUGGUUCGAAUCCAGGCUCUGUCGCAGCCGACCGGGAGACUCAUGGGCGGCGCACAAUUGGCCCAGCGUCGUCCAGGGUAGGGGAGGGAAUGGCCGGCAGGGAUGUAGCUCAGUUGAUAGAGCAUGGCGUUUGCAACGCCAGGGUUGUGGGUUCGAUUCCCACGUGGGGCCAGUAUAAAAAAAAAGAUGUAUUCACUAACUGUAAGUCGCUCUGGAUAAGAGCGUCUGCUAAAUGACUAAAAUGUAAAUGUAAUUAUAGUCAGUCAAGUAGCCCAUGUCAGCUAAACAUUUUUAGAUUGCUAAGUUAGUUUAGCGGCAAACUAUCUAAACUUGUUAUCAUGGUAGAAUUACUGGUUGGGGGGGCCAUCAUUGAUUUUGUUAGUCAGUUUCACUCUGAUAUCAAAUUAAAUACUGCAAACAUUUCUCUCCACCCUAUGGCAAAAUGUGUAGAAUUGCAGGAAAGUAGCUGUAAAACAGCUCAUUUUAACUCUCAGCCCCAUGGCAAAAAUGAGUAGAAUUGCAUGAAAUUAACUCUAAAACCCCCCCAAAAUCAUCUCUGCUGUCAAGACUGGGGCCACUAAAAUGUUUUGCUCGCAAUGUGUGGGGGGGGGGGGGGGGGGGGGGCAGGGGGAGAUGGAUGUGGGUACGCAGACCCGCGAGCAACUGCGGCCCCUCAUUAUGAGUUUAGAUUUUUUGUGGCCCCACCCCCGUCAAAGUUGCCCAUCCCUGUUCUAAGUAUGUGUGUGUCUGUGUAGAUGGUGUCUGUACAUGGUUCUGGCGUCUAUCAUAUGGUUCUAGAACAAGUUCUGUUGUCAGUAGAUGGUCCUGAUGUGUGUCUAUUGUCUGUAGAUGUUCGUAGUGUGUGUCUGUUGUCUGUAGAUGUUCGUAGUGUGUGUCUGUUGUCUGUAGAUGUUCGUAGUGUGUGUCUGUUGUCUGAUGGUCCUGUUGUGUGUCUGUUGUCUGUAGAUGGUCCUGAUCCCUGGAGGGGAGUUCCUGAUGGGUACAGACGACCCUGGCAUCCCCCCGGACGGGGAGGGUCCCCAGAGGAGGGUGCACCUGGACCCUUUCUACAUGGACGCUCAUGAGGUCAGCAACCGCCACUUCCAGAGCUUCAUCAAUGCCACGGGCUACAUCACUGAGGUAGGUUUUUUCAAAUGUAACUGACUUAUUUAUUGAGAUUAGUCUUAUUGAGAUCAAGUGUCUCCUUUUCUCAAGGGAGACCUGGUCAAAGACUGAAGUAGUGUCAGCAGUAUUACAAAUGAAUUGCAAACAUGAAAACACAUUGCGUUACACAUGUGGAAUUGUGGUUCACUCUGAGACAGCCAUGCUGACAGACUGACAGAUGUCACUCUAUAGAAGUGAUAGCUCCCUUUCUUCUCUGAUUAUUGUUCUAAGAUGCUGUCACUUCUCCCGCCCCACUGUGUGUUCCUACAGGCAGAGAGGUUUGGAGACUCGUUUGUGUUCGAGGGGGUGUUGAGUGAGGAGGUCAAAAGCCAGAUCUCCCAGGCAGUAAGUACACUUCAGAGCAAAAAAGAUAAGGAAGAUACAUUUAACUAUCCCAAGGCAAGGGAUAUGUAUUGUGCAUCCAUCAUGCUGAUGAAAUGAAGUAACGGCUGCAUUCAGUGUUCUAUUGUAAACUUCUUUGUGUUGUUUACAUAUAACCUAGGUGCUAGCGUGACUGUUUCUGCAUUCAACAAUGCCCCUUUCUAGACAUAAGUGAUACAGGAGUUGGCUAAAGAAAACAGGGGCGUCCAGUCUAGGAUAGCCUACUUCUUGUUUUCAUAGAUGUUUCAGUCCUGCACACACAGGGCUCUAACUUGAGUUCCAUGUGCAUUACUCACAUUUUUGCAUCAAUGCGCAUGUGUCUAAAGUUAGGCUACGGCCCAUGGAGAGGCAAUGUUGUGGUUUCUCAUUCUGUCAUCUGAUGACAUUCCAAUAGAGGUGGCAAAAUAGUGUGUAAACACUGUUUGCUUAGGAAUGUAGCACUAUUGCCCCUUUACAUUCAAGUAGUAGACUGUGUGUGUGUGCGUUUUUGUUUGUGUGUACGUGGGUGUGCGCCAGUGCACACUCGGCCUGACCACCAUGAUAUUAGUUCCUGCUGAGUUGUGUUUUGUCUACCUGUGUCACAUAGCUGUUGUUACUUCCUGGUUGUCAGGUGGCUGCUGCCCCCUGGUGGUUGCCAGUCAGAGGAGCAGACUGGAAUCACCCUGAGGGCCCAGACUCCAGCAUCACAGGCAGGUAGGAAGCAGAGCUCUACACUGGAUCAUCCUAAUCAGAAUUAAUAGAAUCCAAUAUCAAGCCCUAUCUCCAGCAUCACAGACAGGUAGGAGUUACAUCGCUAUACUGGCUCAUUCUAAUGAUAUCCAGUGUCCACCAGUCACAUCUCUGUAUGUCACAGACGGGUAGAGGUCUGUUGAUAAACUGAUGGUUCUUAUGGCUCAGGUUGGAGUUGUGUGUUUGGUUCCUGCUUGAGCCAAAUGUACAAAAUAUACAGUAUGUGUUGCCAUACUACUAAAUGACCAUGUAUUAUGAUGUUGUUAUUAUUAACCAUAAACCUGGUUGUGUUAGCAGGCUGGACCACCCUGUGCUACAUGUGUCAUGGCGGGACGCUGUGGCCUACUGCUCCUGGGCCCACAAGAGACUACCCACAGAGGCUGAGUGGGAGUACGCCUGCAGAGGGGGCCUACAGGACAGGUAGUGUUGUGUGUGUGUGUGUGUGUGUGUGUGUGUGUGUGUGUGUGUGUGUGUGUGUGUGUGUGUGUGUGAGGGAACAACCCCACUACUAAUAUAAUAUAUAUAAAUAUAGAUAGAGUAUAUUUAAGUAAUAAGGACCGAGGGGAUGUGGUAUAUGGCCAAUAUACCACGGCUAAGGGCUGUUCUUACUCACAGCGCAAUGCGGAGUGCCUGGAUACAGCCAUGAGCCAUGGUAUAUUAGCCAUAUACCACAAAACCCUGAUGUACCUUAUUGCUAUUAUAAACUGGUUACUAUCGUAAUUAAAACAAUAAAAUAUAUUUGUUGUCAUACCUGUGGUAUACGGUCUGAUAUACCACGUCUUUCAGCCAAUCUGUAUUCAGAUUCAGGCUCAAACUACAAAGAUUAUAAUAUGUUAUAUGCCACUAUUCCUACAGUACACCUUUAAUCUUUGCACAGUUCUAGUAUGCCUAUCUUUAUCCACUACCCUGAUCCGAUGUUUCUGUAUUUCAGACUAUACCCGUGGGGGAACAAACUGAAACCUAAUGGACAGCACUACGCCAACCUCUGGCAGGGAGAGUUCCCCACACACAACUCAGAAGAGGACGGGUACACCAAAACCGCACCAGUAAGAGAGGGGGAGAGACAGUUACUGAGAGAGCAAGACAGAGAAUGUGAAAGAAUGAGACUGAAAUACAGUAUAUACAAUUGGUCUGACUUGACUAAAAGACUGUGAAAACAAAGGGCUCAGGGGAGUCAGUUCACUCCCAUGUUAGGGUGGCAGGGUGGCCCUUACCCACAGUCCAUUGUGAUGAAACAGGAAGUUGAUAUCUGAUUCAGCCACUGCUUACGAACAGGAAUUGUGUGUCGUUGGAGAUUACAGAGAAACUCACACCACCAGCAGCUCACAGCUGCUCUAGAUCACAUGAAUAACAUUGAGAUAACAUUAAUGAAUUGCAUAGUAAUAGUGAAAUGAUACCGUCUCACUUCAAUGGUUGCUGAGAUUUAUAUUUUACAGGUCUUUCAGGGUUACGCUUUCUAUUACGUAUAUAUUCUGUAUGUGCACUGUUUUUACACAUACAAAUUGUUUUAUGGGGAAGUGUUUUAUUCUAAAAUGUUAAAAUGUGAUGUUUAAUUAUCAGUCUAUAGCUCUUUUUAAUAUGUUUCCCAUACCCAUGCAACAGUUGCAAUGCUAUUUCAAUAAUGUGGGACUCCUUAUUGGUGUAGAAUGUGAAAGUAUCUAUCUCAUAUCUUUCUAUGUCUCCUGCAGGUGAAGUCAUUUCCUGCAAAUGGCUAUGGCCUGUACAACAUGGUGGGGAAUGCAUGGGAGUGGACAUCUGACUGGUGGACUGUACACCACACCACGGACGAACGGCACAACCCGGUAAUACACACACACACUUUUAUAUCACAUCUGUGAGGAUUUCCUCUUGAUGUUUUGAUAUUUUCUCCCCUCCCUUUUGCAGGUAGGUCCACCAUCAGGCACAGACCGAGUGAAGAAAGGAGGCUCCUACAUGUGCCAUAAGGUAACCUGUGCGCAAUGACUAUUUUUAUGGGCACAAGCACUGUUAAUGACACAAACUGUUCACACCACUUUUGUUGGUGGAGAGAACAUUUAGCUGGUUUAAAGCUCAUUUUCUUGCAAUUCUAUACAUUUUGCCAUGUCUAAUGUGUAUUCAUGUGAUAUUUGAGUGACUCAAACAUUAUAACAAAAUCAAUGGGCUAAAAAACCUAACUAAAAAACAUUAGCUGACAUGGGCUAGUUGAUCUGUACAUUUCUGACAAGUUAUAAAUAGCUCUCUGAGGUAUGCAAUGACUGACAUGACAAGAGGAAAACUGAUGUACUAACCAAUUUCAAAAUUGCACCUAUAGAAGUCAAACACACACCAGAGACUAGCCGGUCUCUGAAAAAAGCAGUGGGGCGUGCCUGUGGGGGGCAGUGGUUCCCUACCAUGUUGUGGGGCGUGCCUCCCUUGCCGACCCCUCAUGCCUCCCACAGUUUGGGAACCACUGCUUUAGCCUAGUGCAGUCAAGUACAGAGGGAUACAACCAUCCCAGCUCUGUAGAUUGUGCAGCAAAGAGACAGAAUCAUUGUUUUGGUACUUUCCAUAUGUAGCUUGUUUUGGUCGCAGGUUCAGGAAUGGUUGAAGAAUUGCAACAUUUACCUUGAGCUAACUCUGCAAAUAGCACUGCUGGGUGAUUUUAAAAAGUCGUAGUCAAUCGAUCAAUAAUAUAAUAAUACUCGUAGCAAAAAUGUUUAUCUUUAAUUUACAAUCUGUAGAAACUAUGAGAAAAGAAAGGUUCAGAAAUUUUGUGAAACAUCAUAGCACAGUUGAAAAAUAUAUGGCAAAUAGAAAUCAAAACUGGAUGGUCUUCAGAGAUAGAUGGGAGGGGUUGAGGGUAGCUGAAGGGUGGGACUAAAAACAAACAAAAGAUAACUAUUGUAAAAUAUACUGUGUCUGUAAAAUGUAUACAGUUUGUGUAAGCCGGAAGUAGAAGCCUAAGUGUUGUUGUCCAUUAGUUUACCUCCCGAGUGGCGCAGUGAUCUAAGGCACUGCAUCGCAGUGCUAGCUGUGCCACUAGAGAUCCUGGUUCGAAUCCAGGCUCUGUCGUAGCCGGCCGUGACUGGGAGACCCAUGGGGCGGCGCACAGGGUAGUCCAGGGUAGGGGAGGGAAUGGCCGGCAGGGAUGUAGCUCAGUUGGUAGAGCAUGGCGUUUGCAACGCCAGGGUUGUGGGUUCGAUUCCCACGGGGGGCCAGUAUGAAAAAAUAUAUAUAAUAAUGUAUGCACUGUCUUCCACAGUAUACUGAGCUAUUAGCCUUGCCUCCUCGGAGAAGCAACUUGUGACCCAACCACUCUGCCCACCGACACUAGUUGCCUUGGUGAUGUGAUUGACAGCAUGCAAAACUAGUCCCAAGCACAAAGCUGGGUUUGUCAUGUGCAGGAGGAAAGGACUUCAAUCUAACGGUCUUUGUGAUUGUAAAACACACGUUGGCCCUGUUUAAAUACUUCAAAAUACAUCCUUCCCAUCCUACAUUCUAUGGAGUAAUCACUGAUUUGCCAUAACUCUGGACUGGUGAAUGCUAAAGGAAACCCUACUUUCCAACUAUCCAGUUGUUGGAUCAGUGAUGAAUUUAUGAAGGAAACGAGUGCUUUAAAAAUAUAUAUUCUUAGUGUCUUGGAUGCAAUCAAUCUAAUGUACAUUGACGUAUGAUUUUCUGUUUCUCUCUCCUCCUCUCUAUCACUCCAGUCAUACUGUUACAGGUACAGGUGUGCAGCACGGAGUCAGAACACCCCUGACAGCUCUGCCUCUAACCUAGGGUUCCGCUGUGUCUCCCAGGAGCAGCCAUAACCUUUCACCCUUGACCCUGACAUGGGUAGUCUGACUUUUCCCUUUUUGUACCAUUCCCCAUUAGCUCUAGUCUAGUGCGUUAACUCUGCCUACCUUGCCCGCCAGACGAGCCAAAUCAAGUGCACCUCUUCACACGGCCAGUGAUGUCAGUGUUAUUUAUGAAAUGCAGGAUUACCGCAUGACAAAUGUGGAUAUUAAUGGAAUCUUUUUUUGUUGUAAAAUAUUUACAUUUUGUCUAUGUGAAUAAAUCAAUAUUCAGGGUGAACAUGUGUGAGGUGGCAUAUUGUUUUGGUAUAAAGACAUUUCACAGAUUGAUUUAGUAGAACUCUUGUUAUUGCUAUGAAAUAAAGACAAAAACACACAUAUUUCCUAUGCACUUGAUAUCCAAGUGAACAGAAUGUCUGGUACAAUGAUAAAUAAAUUGAACCAAAUGCAUUGAACAAUAUUCCUCCAUAAUUCCCAAUUAUUCCCAAUAUUAUCUAUAAAUUGCCAUCACCUAUUGUGAAAAUACACUGUGUUGUUUAUGCUCUCAAUAUGUAUUCACUCUGUUAGACAGUAGAAGUUUGCCACUUCUUAAAAUGUUUUCAGUUGUUGUCUGUGCCUUUCGGAGAUCAAUGGAAUAAAACAUAUUCUUUUAA